AUGACUUUGACACUUCUAGAAAUUGGAAUCUCCAAAGAAGAGGCACUGGAAGUGUUACAGGUUGUGAGGAAGGAAUGUCACAGCGAUGCAGCAAGGACUGCUGGGGGAUCAGCUGCCACCAGAAAGUGCACGGCCCUGGAACUGCUGGAAGAGGAGCAAGCCCAGGGCUUCAUCAUCACCUUUUGUUCAGCACUAGACAAUAUUCUGGGAGGUGGUGUGCAACUAACAAAAAUCACUGAGAUCUGUGGAGCACCUGGUGUUGGGAAAACACAGCUAUGUAUGCAGUUGGCAGUAGACGUACAGAUCCCCGAAUGCUUCGGGGGCGUAGCUGGAGAAGCCGUGUUCAUUGACACUGAAGGAAGUUUUAUGGUAGACAGACUAGUGGAUAUUGCCACUGCCUGUGUGCAGCACUGCCAGCUCAUUGCUGAAGCUCAUCAGGAGGAAGAUCAUCUAAAAGCUUUGGAGACUUUCUCUCUUGAAAGUAUCCUUUCUCACAUAUAUUACUUCCGUUGCCGUGACUACAUAGAGCUUCUUGCACAGGUCUACCUUCUCCCAGACUUUCUUUCAGAGCAUUCAAAGGUCCGACUGGUAGUAGUUGAUGGAAUUGCAUUUCCUUUUCGCCAUGACUUUGAGGACCUCUCCCUGCGAACAAGACUUUUGAAUGGUCUGGCACAACAGCUGAUCAUCAUAGCAAAUGAUCAUAAAUCAGCGGUAGUUCUGACAAACCAAAUGACAACGAGGAUUGGACAAAACCAGUCCAUAUUGGUACCUGCCUUAGGAGAAAGCUGGGGACAUGCUGCUACUGUCCGUUUAAUCUUUCACUGGGACAACAGUCAAAGGUUGGCAACAUUGUACAAAUCACCGAGUCAGAAGGAGUCAACCAUACCAUAUUGCAUUACAUCUCAUGGCUUCCGAGAUGUGCAGCCUCCAGCUGUCACUCAAAAUGCAGAAGGUACUGAAAUGAACCCUCGCAAACGGCCACGUAGAGAAGAGGAAAAGUUAUAGCAAUUCAGAAGUUGAAUGUUAAAAAAUGUGUAUUACAGGAGAACGGUUACAUAGUGAACAUGCAACCAGAGGUAGCCUGGGAGACUCUUAACUUAAAUUCCUGCUCAACAUUAUUUUAACAUUAAGACUGCUAUAUGCAAAUUUCAGUGGCAGGAAAUUCCUUUGUUUGUAUGGCAUAAUUUUAUUUUUAUAAUAAAAAUCUAUGUUUUCUAUAACA